GCAUAAAGGCAACCCUUGUGAAACAAAAAGUCAUCGUCUUUGGAACAUUGCAAAGCGGUAUUUGUUUUGCUGAAAAUAACGCAAAUCAUUGAAAUUAUUACAAUUUAUAACUACAAAGCUUCAAAAAUAUGUCAAUCUUGGCUUACAAUGGUGGUUGCGUUGUAGCAAUGCGCGGUAAGGAAUGUGUGGCCAUUGCCACUGAUCGUCGUUUUGGUGUCCAGGCUCAAACAUUGGCGACAGAUUUUGAAAAAGUGUUCCAAUUCAAUCCUCGCAUGUUCUUGGGCCUUGUUGGCUUACAAACUGAUAUCCUCACAGUACGAGAUCGUCUUAUGUUCCGCAAAAACCUAUACGAGACUCGCGAAAAUCGUGAAAUGCAACCAGCCACAUUUGCUGCUAUGCUAACAAGCUUUUUGUACGAGCAUCGCUUCGGGCCGUAUUUCGUUGAGCCCGUCAUAGCUGGUCUCGAUCCAAAAACUUUAGAACCUUUCAUUUGUAACAUGGAUUUAAUCGGUUGCCCAAAUGUACCCGAUGAUUUUGUUGUGGCAGGCACUUGUGGUGAGCAACUGUAUGGUAUGUGUGAAACCUUAUGGAAACCGGAUUUGGAACCCAACCAGUUGUUCGAAGUUAUAUCACAAGCCAUGACCAAUGCGUUCGAUCGUGAUGCCAUAAGCGGUUGGGGUGCCACUGUGCAUAUUAUUGAAAAGGACAAGAUUACCGUGAAAACCCUGAAGACUCGCAUGGAUUAAGUAGUUCCCUAUGUAGCAGAUGAAUAUUAUUUUUAUGUAUUACUGCUGUUUAUAUAUAAUUUUGUAAUUAAUUCUCUUAAGCAGAGGUCUAGAAUUGUCCAAUUAAUAAACUAAAAUGAAAAUAAAUUUUGUUUUAAACAGAAAGAGGAAAUUUUUAAAAAUGA